AUGCCAGAAAAUCAGGCUACGUCUAGGACAAGGCUUGCACACCUUGCUCAAAAACUUUUCAGAAAUGCCAGAAAAUCAAGCUGCGACCUUGCCGUAGCCCGGAUGCAUCCCGGACAUGUAAGAGAGUUCAUAGUAGGCGGUGAAAAUAAUUUAUGGGCAGUUCCAUCUUCUGUUGACGAGUUCAACAAAUGGGAUAAGAAAACUCAUUUUCGGAUUGGGGUUUCUUUAGUUCUAAAGUAUAAUUUCAAGACUGAUUCAAUGCUGGAAGUGAACGAGGAAGACUACAAAAUCUGUCCAUUUUUCUUCAUCAGUGGAGCUAAAGAACAUCGCCAGAAGGGUCAAAAGCUAGAGGCUAUGGUUCUAUCCGAAAAAGAUGGCUCAGGCCACCAAUUUAUAGCGCAGGCACCUUCUCCUCAUCAUCACCGUCACCACUACCAUGCACCGACGUCAGCCUCGACUAAUGGUGGUAUUGGUUUGAAGGCGAUGGCGGGGUUUAUUUGUGGCACUACGACAGUGGGAAGCAGCGUCCCUGCCGCGGCCAGGAUGCAUCCUGAACUUGGCCAACACAUCGUGCCCACAAACAGUCUAGAAAUGCUUGAAAAUCGUGCUGCGUCCUAA